GUUCUGAAUAACAUAACCUCAAUUAAUAAUAAAAAAAAGUAACUAAUGAUAUAAUGUUAUGAUCAGUGUGAGGGAUAAUAACAAAUAAAGGAAAUGUUGAAAACGCUCAGAUAUAGUCAGAGGCUCUGCCGCGUUUGUAGUGGAUCUAAAAAUGUAACACAGAAAAGAUCAUUUUUAUCGGAGGCGUAUCGCUGCGAUGAGGCGUGGAGUCGUCGAUUGGAUUCGCCGUUAUUGCAGAAGAUCAAGCCGAUGACGAUGUUCGCCGAAUUGGAACAGAAAUAUGGGAGCGCGGGCAAGGUGAACGCCGUUGAUGUCGACAUCUUCGUGAAUAGCGUUACCGAUGAUUCGUACAUCGAUGAGGUGAUGAAGACUCUGCACAAUCUCAGACAGUCUACGGAAGCGACCAACAUUCUCGACUCUACGCAUCACGCCGCGAUACGAUAUUUCUUGCAACACGAUUUUAUCCAAGAACUGCACGAGGUGCUGAACGAUAGACUCAAUUACGGCAUCUUUCCCGAUUAUUUCGACUUCAACAUGCUCAUGGAUCAUUUUUUAAAGAGGAAAGAUUAUGCCUCCGCCGCGAAGAUUGCGAGCUUGGUCAUGUUGCAGGAAGACGCGGGUCAUCCUAUUACGAACGCGUUCUGCAUUUACGCGUGUCAUAAGUAUCUGGAAAAUCCUGACGAUUGGAAGAAACCUGAAAUUCCACAAGAUACAUCCAAAGAGGAAAUAAAAGUGCGUGUAAAGUACUUAAGAAACCCUUAUUUUGAUGAUCAUUUCGAUCUCACUGAUCCAAGAGAUCUCGUCGGCAAAACUCUGAAUUUUCAAGGAAAGCAUAGGAUGGAUGCUCUAGGAAGAACUUGUCAACUGAGAGGCUUAAUAUUAUAUAAAAAAUAUGAUGAUGUAUUGAAGUUGAUAAAGGAAUGGCUAGAGGUGAUACAAGAUAACAUAGUUUAUGAAGAAAUAUUUGAAUUAAUAUCGAAAGACAAUAGCAAUCUUCAAGAUCAAGAUUUUGAAAAGUUCAAACUUGUGGAGGCUUCAUUAUCCCUCUUAAAAGAGAAACAAAACCUUAAGGAAAAUUUAAACGAAACAAUAGAGAAUCUUAUUACAGCUGCUGUGAAGGAGGAAGCUGAGAAGGAUAUCUCAAAGCAAUGUCAGAUUUAUUCUGACUGGGAACAUGUAAGAGCUUCAAUAUUACAAACACAAAUAAAAGCAAUAGAAAAAGAAAGAAGAAUAGCAAAUGUAGAGAAAAUUAAGAAGGAAUUGAAAGAGAGAGAACAACUUUUGACAUUCUUUGACAAUGAGGAAGCUCUCGAAUUACAAAUAGAGAAAAUACAGGAAAAAGAACGCAAAGAAGACGAACGUAUACGUAAAAUGCCCAAAAGCGAAAAGAAAUUAAGAGCACUGAUUACUGCAGAAUCUUACAUACCACCAGAUAUCAAAGAUAGAAAUUAAGAAGUGUGCUAUAAAAUAAGGAAUAUAGAACAUAAUACUUGUACAGAGGAUUAAAACGAAAAAAACUAACAAAA